AUGAAGAAAAUGAUGAUGAUCAAGAUUAAUGGUGAUGAUGAUGAUGAUGAUGAUAUCCUUCAAGUCUUUGAAGUACAUGGCUCUAAUACACUUUCUUUUUUAACUUUUCAGACUGACCAAGAAUCAUUAUUAUCUGAAGAGGAAAAAUGGCGCUUGGAACACCUUCGUCUCCACGAGAAACACAGGGGUCACGAAGAAAUGCAUGCAGAAAUGGUGCUAAUAUUAUUAGCGGUCACAGUUGCAUCACAGAUUGGUUUAGUGGCUUGGAAGAAGCACCACUACAAAUCUUAUCAGCUUGUGAGCAUGUUGGGUGUGUGGAUGAUCCCAUUCAUCUUAUGUCUUCAUAAUCACUGGUGGCGUUUCAUCUUUAUAUGGCUGUUGUUUUCAUCCAUAACUGUUAUAGUAGUUAAGAAAGCCUUAGAAAGGCCCUUAGAUCCUACUACCCCAAGACAAGUGUACAAAUGGUUUCUGCUAAUUUACAAGAUAUGCUGUGGUUUAGGAAUGGUGGGCUAUGCCAUAAUAAUGUUCACCAUGAUGGGUUUCAAUUUACUAUUUGGAGUGAAACCUAAUGUUUGGAUGGACAGUGGCCUUCUGUUCAUCUUUUAUGGUCUUUAUUAUGGUGUCUUAGGCAGAGAUAUGGCUGAAGUCUGUGCAGAUAAAAUGGCUUCUCACAUUGGGUAUUACACUCCACAUGGAAUGCCAACACGUACGCUUGAGCCUGGUGUAUGUGCAGUAUGUGGAAAUCCUCAACUUGUUCCCGAAGGAGAGGAGGGUAUCAUAGAGAACACUUAUCGGCUUUCAUGCGGUCACACUUUUCAUGAGUUCUGCAUCCGUGGAUGGUGUAUUGUUGGUAAAAAGCAGACAUGUCCGUACUGUAAAGAAAAGAAAAAUCACUUUAAGGAUUAUAAAUUUGUAUCAAAAGAUAAGGCUCUUGAGCGGAAGGUCAAGAGUCAUGAAAUUAGGACACAAUUAACUUUGUUCCACAAAAGAAGCAUAUGA